CUCAAGCGAGAACACCUCCUCCGUCCACGCCGUCAUUCCAUGCACCCCUCGUACGUCCCUUCUGUCGUACCGUGUUCUCAGCUUAUUUUCGCGGCCGGUAGGUCCGGAGGUACAGGGCGUUUAUGGCCGCCACGCUUCUAACGAUGAGCGCUGGGCUUGCUCCAGGACCAGAUGAGUUUUACACUCUCCUAAAACCAUCGCUGUCGGACGCUUUCCCAGACGAUUCAUCUCUGUUCGCCUUUGAUGGCAAGAAUAAUGACACGGAUAGGACUAUAUCGGGCGAUUACUCUCAGGCUAAGCUGGAGAUGGAUAAGUACCUGACCCCUGAGGCACACCCUCUGCAGGACGGCAGGAAGUCUCGCCGGGAGAGCGCGUCGACGGUCGACCAGUUUUUCGGCGACGACCAGGGCUCUCCCUACAGCAUCAACAUGAACGUGUACCUGCCUGACCUGGCGUACCUGCGCACCGGCCUGUGCCGGCCGUCCAACCGCCAGCACACCACCUUUGCCCAGGUGAAGAUCGAGCCCAGUGCCAGCCCCGUGUUCGCCCAGCCCAACUGCCCGCCGGUGCCCCCUCCUCCGCCCGCCCUGCCGGACUUCACCAGCGUGUUCAGCGCGGCGACGGGCGGCAGCGGCGUAACGGGCAGCGGAGCCAACGCCCCGGUAGAGGCCCCGUCGGGCGGCGGCGGCGGCGGCGGCGUAUACAUCAAGCAGGAGAUGCCAUCGUUCGACCUGCCGCAGGACGGGCCGCUCUUCCAGCUGCUGACCUCCGACCUGGACCUGUCCAUCCCGCACGGUCACCCGGGCGACCACUCGGCCCACGCCCACACCCACGCUCACUCCCACGCCCACAUGCUUUCGCCCGCCUACGACCUCCACAUGGGCUCCCAACAGACUGUGGCCAAGCCCUACUCCUGCAUGGGCACAGGUGGCGCGGGCGGCUUCGCCGUGCCCUAUGCCCAGCCCCUGUCGGGCGCGCUGGCACAGCCCAAAGCGCCCUACCUGCCCCCCUCGCCGCCCUGCUCGGAGCCUGGCAGCCCCGACCGCCACAAGGAGCUCCUCCACAACAUGACGCCGCCACCCUCCUACGCCGCCACCAUCGCCUCCAAGAUGGCGUCCCACGGCCCCGCGGCUGGGCCCACUGCGCCCGCCCGUGCGUCCAGCCAGGGGAUGCCCAUCCGCUACAACCGCAGGAACAACCCCGACCUGGAGAAGAGGAGGAUCCAUCACUGCGACUUCCCAGGUUGUAAGAAGGUUUACACCAAGUCCUCACACCUGAAGGCCCACCUCCGGACACACACAGGUGAGAAGCCGUACAGGUGCACGUGGGAAGGUUGCGACUGGCGGUUUGCGCGGUCGGACGAGCUCACCCGGCACUUCCGCAAACACACCGGGGCCAAGCCCUUCCAGUGCGGCGUGUGCAACCGGAGCUUCUCCCGAUCCGACCAUUUGGCUCUGCAUAUGAAGAGGCACCAGAACUAAUAUGCACGCAUGAACACACACACACACACACACACACACACACACAUACACACACACACACACAGACAUACAUAGACAUACAUAUGCUUGAUUCUGCACACGAGACUAGAACUCAUAAACAUACGCAUACAUACAGAAUAGGAAUGACAACACAUGUACACACACACACACACACACACACUCAUUCGUGGCACCCUUAGGGUGGGAGUUGGGUAGUGGUCCUCCCCGUAAAACGUUCAUUCCUGAGGCUCCAUCUUCUUGUGGAGACCCUCUUAGCCAUACUGGAGACCUGAGGCACUGGCCCACUCCACCUGCUGGGAGUCCCAACUGUUUACACACACACACACACACACACACACACACACCGUCAUGUGUUUCACGGAUGGUAGUGAUGAUGAGCAAACACAAAAGUAAGGCAGAUACACGUGUAAACACACACACACUUAGCCAUAAGGAUGAAGCGGACAACUAAGAUAACAUACAUGCCUAAAUACAAACAAACACACACACUAAUGCCAUCCUGUAAUGUCAGUUUGGUAUUUAAAUUCAGUUCUCACACACACACACACACACACACACACACACGCACACACACACACACUCGUAAGGCACUGGCGUAGCACGAGUGUGUUGUCUACGAUGUUCUCAUUAGCGUAACCCACUUCAGGAUUGUGUGAGGUGCUGUGGUGGACUGCCACCCGGCGCCAGACUCUUGCCCACAGUAUUGCUCACCAUGGUAACGGUCACCACUGGUCACCACUGGUCACCACUCUGUCUGUCCGUUCCUCAGUCACACUCGCUCUAGGUGCAAAAGAGAAUGGGAACCUUUUGAUUUUAUUUACUUGCAUUGUUUUUGUUUUUAGUUUUGUAUUUUACUUUUAUUUUUUCCCUUUUUUUGUGGACAUUUUUACUUGAGUUCGUUUUUAACAGCACCCUGCCUAGACGUUACGGGGUGCUGAUAAAAACGGACUUACAGUAAAGAGUUACUGUAUCUUGAAUCUUACAUUCACUGACAACAACAACGUUAUAUAUAUAUAAAAAAACUGGAGUAAGGAAAUAUUUUGAAGUUUUUGUUUUUGAAGAGAGUCUCUCUCCUGUUCGUGUGCAUGUCAUCUCCUCGAGUCUGCUUGGCUCAACGUGGGUUUUGGGGGGAGGGGGGGUGGGGGUGAAUGAUGCGACUGUAACCACAACAAGCUCCGUUUCUUACACACACUCACACUCUCUCUCUCCCCCCCACACACACACCCUCUCCUGUGAGUUAUGGGCUAGGGGAAGCAGUGUUUUUUUGUUUCAGGCCGAAACGCUGGCAGAAACAGCGUCAAGGUUUUUAAGUUCAUUGAACACUAAGCUAACUUGAGAGCACUGUCACUGACACACACACACACACACACACACACACACACACACCAAGCUAACUUAAGAGCACUAUCACUGACAACUUGCACUUGCACUUGAAAACACUGAACCGGAGAGCUGGUAUUCAAGUUUAUUUUCAUCUUUUUAUUUUCUUUCUUUUCUUUUGAACUUCACUGGAAUAAUCACGGUUCAUUCAUUCAUGUAUCCAUUCAUUCAUUCAUUCAUUCACCCAUUCAUUCUCUAAUUUGAUCUUUUCAUUGGUACUGGACUUAUGAAUUUGAUUUAAAUGCCCAUGUAAGAGCCUCUCGUUUAAACUGAAGUACUUAGGAAGUUGAGUCAGAAGUUGAUGCACUGCUACCGAAAAACAUCGACGCGCUGAAUAAUUCAGGAGUGAGAUGAGGGCGAGAGUGAGCGGGCACAGUGUGUGUGUGUGUGUGUGUGUGUGUGUGUGUGUGUGUGUAUCUGCGUGUGUGUGUGUGUGUGUGGUCCUUCUCCUCUCCUGAAGCAGCUCUUGUGAAUGUAGAGAUUGAGAGCACCAGUGGUCAGCAGUCACCAGUUUGAUAAUGAUGAUGAUGACGACGACGCCUUUUUUUCUAGAGCAGCUUUCAUGUUGAUUUAUGUCCACUCUGGAAUUUUCUGGAAUAAUGCCUUUAAAAAAAAAAGACAGAAAAAGAGUAGCUUUCGUGUUAAGUGCCUUCUGAGUUUCUACCCAAUUCUUUUUAUUUUAUUUUUUUAUUUUAUUUUAUUUUUUAAAUGCUUUUCUAUUCUCGGCCCGCAGUCACUGGUAAUCACUUGUAAUCACCCGUUUUCAUGAAAAAGUGCUUCAAACCAAUCAUUCAUCUAUACUUGUAAAUCCAAUUUUUUUUAUUUAUUGUGUAGCUUUAUUGGAGAGGAAUUCGAUAAAUCAACCAUUUUCUGUACCUAAGAAGCCUUAAUGUAAAUAGUCUAAUACUUCCUGUAAAUAUUGUUUGAUUGUUUUUGUGUUUUGUCCAUGUUGCUCCAUUUCCCAUUUAAACAAAAGGGUGUUGGAUAUGAAAUACCCUGCACCAUACUGUGUGACUAUUUUUUGAUGUUUAUUUGAAUAAUUUUAUUUCAUUUUUUUUUACAUUGUACUUAAUCUUAUUUUGUAGAUUCCCUGAUGCGAUUUGCUAAAAAAAAAAAAAAAAUGUCUCUGAGACGAAAGUUGUUGUUGUUGGCAACUAAAUGAAAUGCAAAACUAUUAAAAAUCAACUUGGUA